AUGAAGCAAGUGAUCGGUUUAGUGCUUUUGGGAUUGAUCUGUAGCCAUGUUGUGCUGGCAGGAGAUGAGGCUAAAACGGGUGGAGCCUCCCAUUCUGGACGUAUUGUUAAUGGUGUUGGAGUGAACAUCGCCAAUUAUGUAUACGCAUUAAACAUGUAUCAUAACAAUGUGUUCUUCUGUGGUGCCAGUAUUAUCACCUCUUCCCACGCCCUGACUGCAGGACAUUGUAUGCAACCUAGAAUGUACGAUAUUGCAAAGAUUAUUGUGCACGGAGGUAGCACAACUCCCACCACAGGAGGUUACUUUUUCCGGGUGGUGAGAAUAGCUCUUCAUGGCGGCUAUAAUCCUAAUACACUUGAAAACGAUGCAGCCAUCGUAUCAGUACCUGCAAAUGGGUUCAGCGGAAAACCAAACAUGGGACAGUUGGCACUUCAAUUCGCAGAAUUGUCUGUUAACACGCCUUGCUUAGUGGUUGGAUGGGGCCGAACUAACAUCAACAUGCCAGCACCAACAAGUGAAUUGCGUUACGCUCAGAUGAAUAUUGUGUCGCAGGCCAGUUGUGCUGCAGCAUGGGCUCCAUAUCAAAUUCAAAUUGCGUCUAAUAUGCUUUGCGCCAAGUACGGCAAUGGAGUGGAUGUUUGCAAGGGAGACAGUGGUGGUGCAUUGGUGUGUGAAGGAAGACUGAGUGGAAUCGUUUCCUUCACCAAUCCGGACUGUAACAGUGCUUUGCCAGCUGGGUUCGCAAAGGUUAUUGAUGCCAGCAUUCGCAGCUUCAUUCGUAACCAAGCUGGAAUAUAA